GACUAUACUUGUUUAAGGUUAGAAAGGCUAUAAUUGCAAAACACUAAGCUCGGUAGUUCUUAGACGGGCAAACAGUGGAAUAUCGCGGGGUGGAAUUACAAAUGUCGCAGAUCUCCGACUUAGUGGUUUCUGAAUAUUAAUAAGCCUAUGCCUUACUAUAUAAUAAGCUAUUGUUCCAAGCAAAGGACCUGACUCCUAUGGAAUCGUGGAGGCUAAAGGACGAUCUAGAUCUAGAAGAUUUUGGUGGCUUAUGGCUCUCUCAUCCUACCUCUAGAAAUGGGCGGAUUUGCGGCGUAAAUCCAGAAUCCGUAGGCGAAAUGACCCUGGAUCAGGGGGAGGGCACAGACCAGUUCAC